AUGUUAAAACUCAAGAAUAUUCUUCCAAAUGUUGUUUGUGCUCGAAAAGUUUAUACAACCCCGAAAUUGACGUCGGAUGAAUUGGUGGUCCAUAGAGAUAGCGAUGAUAAUAACUGUGAAACACCUUUCCAGUUUACAGAAGCUAAUAUGGUGAGACUUGCGGCUAUCAUCCAAAAUUAUCCUAAAGGUGCUCAAAGAUCUGCUAUUAGUUCAGCCUUAGAUAUUGUCCAGAGACAAAUAGGAUGGGUUCCAAUAUCAGCUAUGCACAAAGUUGCAGAACUACUCAGCAUUCCUCGAAUCAGAGUUUAUGAAUGGGCUACUUUUUAUACUAUGACAAAAAGACGUUUCCGAGGCAAGUUCAAUGUGAAAGUUUGUGUAACAACGCCAUGUAUGUUGCGAGGGUCGGACAUAAUACUCAAAGCCGUUGAAGAAGCCACUUGCUGCAGUGUUGGCAAACUGUCCGAUGAUAAGAUGUUCGGUGUCGAUAUCGUGCAGUGCCAGGGUGCAUGUGUUAAUGCACCUGUGAUGGCUGUGGAUGAUGAUUACUAUGAGGAUUUGAAUGUGUGCGACGUAUAUAAUAUUAUUAAAACUCUAAAAGCCGGUGGUAUCCCACCGCCUGGACCCCAGAGUGGAAGAUAUGCGGCAGAACCUUACUGUGGGCAACAAACACUCUUGAUGUGUGUUCCAGAACCAGGCUAUGUGAUUGUAAUCGAUGUUAUAAUUACAAGUUGUCGGCGAGGUUUGGAUCAAGUGAGGUCAAGAGCAGUAAAUCUUCAGGGGAGCUGCGAUCCGAUGGCCUCCCUGGAGAAUGACCUCUUCCGUAAUUAA